AUGUUGACUUGGGAUUCAGGACCAGUUGAGAUAACCCCAGCACCCAGUGGUACGCAUACAACUACCAAUGAAAUCAAUAUUAUCAUCAGUAACUCCACCACACCGUCGGGCUCUUCUACUACCAAGGCAAUAGCAACAGCAAUCGGAAAUAUUUUGAGCAUAAUUGGAGAUCCUCUUGGUCCUGGUGAUCAGAGUACCAUGAAGCCGACUAGGAUUUCGCAGAGUGCAAGUGAAGGGGAGGUAUCCAACACCAUUAUUCAAUUUUCUAGUGUUACUGUCAAUGCCACCAGCACCUCUCCUCCUUCCUUCGCCUUCUCUUCCUCCUCCCCUUCCUCCUCCUCUUCCUCCUCCUCUUCUUCUUCACCCAAAUCUGGUGCAAACUCCCAUAUAGGAGUCAUAGUCAGUGGUGCUGUUGGUGGUGGAGUAGCACUAGCCAUUGCUACUACUAUUCUGGUGUUGGUUGGGAUAUGGUGGAAACGGUAUCAACUGAAAGAGAUGUUUCUGAAAUUGGAGGCUAAACCUGGAACACUGGUGCAAACUGCUGAUUGUGCAGGUACUGGGGAGGGCGUUCCAGGUGCAGGAGGUGAAAUAGAAAUAGAAAGUGGGAUGCAUGAAGAAUUUGCUGCAGUUGGGACAAAUGGUGGUGGUGGUAGUCCCCGUCGUCAUGCAAGAUUCGGAGUAGCCACUCCAUAUUUAUUGAAGUAUCACCUAGGACGUUUAGCUCCGAUAUUGUCACCACCUAGGACUUUGACAGCACAACAAAUGGCACUGGAAGUAUUUGUCGAUGGGGGAGAAAGAGGAGGAGGAGAAGAGUUUGAUAAUAUUGUGGUUCCUGUUGCUACACAUGCUGCAGGUCAUGGCGUCCCCACUGUAGGGUCAAGAGCAGGUGAUUUAGAUAGGAGGUAUAGUAGGAAUGUGUUCAUACAUUGGGACAGGGGAAGCGUUAACAUUAACGCGGACAUGCCACAAGGAGAACAAGUUCCAGAGGAGGUUCCGCCAACAUAUGAGAGUUUGAUGUCCAGUUUGAUAUCUGGUUUGAUGCCUGUCAGAGUCCGGAGUAGGAGCAGUGAGCAUAACAGACGGGGACGGAAGUAG